AUGGGGAUACUCAAUGUACAGGGCGAAAGCCUUCAGCGCAUGAUUGCUGUUCUUGGCGCGGUCGCGUUCUUGAUUCAAGGGUACAAUCAAUCUGUUAUGAAUGGCUUCACGACAUUGCCUAGUUUUAUCGCUGCUAUUCCAGAAGUCGACACGAUUAACACCACGGGCGCGCAGGCGUCUCAUAACUCCUUGAUUCUAGGACUUGUGGUGGCUAUUUUUGAACUUGGAUCUGCUAUUGGUGCUCUCUCCUGCCUCGUCAUUGGUGAUAGACUUGGUCGUCCCAGGACAAUGUUGGUAGCUGGAUGUACUUGUGUCGUCGGUGUCAUCAUCCAAGCGUCUACCUACUCCCUUGCGCAAAUUCUCGUUGGAAGAAUCGUCACUGGCCUCGGCAUUGGUAUGUACACUGGAACUGUCCCCAUGUACGUGAGUGAGACAGCCAGUGCCCAGAAGCGCGGACAACUUGUACUAGUAGAAGGUGUAUUUGCUCUAAGUGGUCUCGCUGUUGCAUCAUGGGUCAAUUUCGGCAUGUUCCAUACGACAGGUUCAGUUAGCUGGAGAUUCCCCAUUGCUCUUCAACUGGUUUUUCUCGCUAUUAUUCUUUCACUUACCCCAUGGCUACCCGAGUCUCCUCGAUAUUUGAUCAAGAAGGGCAGGAACGAAGAAGCUAUCGCAAUCAUGGCCAGACUUAUGGGCCUCUCAGAGACAGACGAUGAGGUUACAAAGGAGAUUACUGUUAUCCAAUCUGCUCUUGAGAGAGAUGCUGGACACCGAGAAAAAAAUUCCGCCAACCCAUUCUCUAUGAACGAAAACAGACACCUUCAUCGACUCUUGCUCGCGGCAGGCGGUACCAUGAUGACACAAAUGAGCGGUAUCAACGUGAUCGCCGGAUACUCUACUUCCAUCUUCGAAGGUACCCUCGGCUACUCCGGCAGCGAUGCCAGAAUCUUCUCCGCUUGUCUGCAGAUUGCUCUAGCACUGGGUGGACUAACAGCAAUUUUCCUCGUGGACCGAGUUGGCCGUCGGCCAAUGAUGAUUUUCUCCUUAGCCUCCAUGGUUAUAGCCCAGUCAGCCGUUGCAGGCCUCACAUCUCACAUGACAGCAUCAACCGGCAAAGGAGCAGUAUUCUUCUAUUUCUUCGCCGAGUACUUCCUCCCGAUUGGUAUGUUCAUCAUGCCAUUCAUGUAUGGGUCCGAGAUCGCGCCCUUGUCCAUUCGCCAUAUCGUUGCGUCCACAACCGCCGUAUCUAGCUGGCUCUUUAACUUUAUGGUGGCCGAGGUCACUCUCGUUGCAUUCGACAAUAUUGGCUGGAAGUAUAAUAUUGUUUAUGCUGUCACCAGCGCUGCAGGCUGUGUUGUCAUUUAUCUGUUCUAUCCUGAGACUCGUGGAAGAUCACUCGAGGAGAUCGAUGAGAUUUUCCUGCAAUCCAAAUCGAUCUUCGAUCCUGUACGAGUGGCUAAAAAGCUUCCUAUUGGCUUUGAUGUUUUGAAUACCAUUGAAACUUCCACAAAGGAGGCCUCGCAACGUGAUGAGGUGGCUUGA